GCGGGGUCCGAGCGCGCAGCGCGGCGCCGCCCCCCGGCCCUCGGCCCCCCAGCCCGGGCGCCCCCGGAUCGGCGCGCGGAGGGAGGAGGGCGGGCCGGGGCGGCGGGCGGCGGACUAUGAGGCGCCCACCAUGGUGCGAUGCGACCGCGGGCUGCAGAUGCUGCUGACCACGGCCGGAGCCUUCGCCGCCUUCUCGCUCAUGGCCAUCGCCAUCGGCACCGACUAUUGGCUCUACUCCAGCGCGCACAUCUGCAACGGCACCAACCUGACCAUGGACGACGGGCCCCCGCCCCGCCGUGCCCGCGGCGACCUCACCCACUCGGGGCUGUGGCGGGUGUGCUGCAUCGAAGGAAUCUAUAAAGGGCACUGCUUCCGGAUCAAUCACUUCCCAGAGGACAAUGAUUAUGACCACGACAGCUCGGAGUAUCUCCUUCGCAUUGUGCGAGCCUCCAGCGUCUUUCCCAUCCUCAGCACCAUCCUGCUGCUGCUCGGGGGGCUCUGCAUUGGCGCCGGGAGGAUCUACAGCCGCAAGAACAACAUCGUCCUCAGUGCCGGCAUCCUCUUUGUGGCUGCAGGCCUCAGUAACAUCAUAGGCAUCAUCGUCUACAUUUCCAGCAACACAGGCGACCCCAGCGACAAGCGAGACGAAGACAAAAAGAACCAUUACAACUAUGGCUGGUCUUUUUACUUCGGUGCCCUGUCGUUUAUUGUGGCGGAGACCGUGGGCGUCCUGGCUGUAAACAUUUACAUUGAGAAAAAUAAAGAGUUGAGGUUUAAGACCAAACGGGAGUUCCUUAAGGCUUCUUCCUCUUCUCCUUACGCCAGGAUGCCAAGCUACAGAUACAGGCGACGGCGCUCCAGGUCUAGCUCGAGGUCCACUGAGGCCUCACCCUCCAGGGACACGUCUCCCGUGGGCCUGAAGAUCGCUGGGGCCAUCCCCAUGGGUGAGCUGUCCAUGUACACGCUAUCCAGGGAGCCCCUCAAGGUGACCACGGCCGCCAGCUACAGCCCUGACCAGGAGGCCGGCUUCCUCCAGGUGCACGACUUCUUCCAGCCAGAUCUGAAGGAAAGUUUCCAUGUGAGCAUGCUGAACCGGCGGACGACCCCCGUGUGAGCUGCCCGAUGUCCUCUCAGCACUGGCCUCCCCCCAGCAUAGCUGUUUGUGUCUCACAGGAGGGCGCGUGGCCCUUGAGGCAGAUAGACAAUGAACUGAAGCCAAACGCAACCCUCCCUGGUCUGCAGACAGCGUCCUGAGCUGGCUUAGAGUGAUGGAGGCCUGGAGACUGGAGCCUGGGUUGCCAGAGAAGCGAAAGGCUGACUUUAUCCCCCUAAAAAAGGUGUUUGACUGUCCUGGGAUUUCCAUGAUCUCCAGGAGACCCAAGAGCAUUUCUGAAGUUACAGGAGGAAACUAAAUCCAGCCAUUAUCUCCUGCUGGAAACAAAUCUUAGAGAAGAAUGGGAUUUUAGGCCCUUCGCUCCCUGCUGGGUGCUGGCCACCAAAGGCCUCUCUGGGCACAAGGAGCUCUGGGCACUUGUCAGCUGCUUUUGAACCUGAAGUUCCUAUGUCUUGGAACCAGAAAUGAGGACACUGAACUCACACCCUCCUCUCCCCUCUUCCUUGCUCUGGCACCCUGGCAGGGGACUGUUGGUGAGAAAUAAUCAUCCUGAAGAGACACUGUGCAGCUAACCGGUGCUUCGGCCUUGUGCUGCCCUGGGGCUGGCUUCCCUCCUCCUGAGUAGACUGAGUCCUGUGGAGGCACCGCGGAAAGACAAGGCUGGGGCCGUGGAUGGCUUUCCUGUCUGCUUCUGGAAAUUUCUGCCUUACUCAGAAUGGGCAGGACACAUGGACCUGAGGGGCUGGAGGAUUCCGCCAGUUAGAGGGAAAGUAGCUUGGUGCCCUCUUGCUGCGUCCGUCCCCACCGGCCUGAAGAGCAGUCCUGUCCCUUGUAGGAACACAGGAGAAGGUGGAGGCGGACAGCCCCACCCAAGGCCCUCAAGUGGUGUUUGGCAACAGAAGCCUGAACUCUGUGCAAGAAAGGGAGGCCCAAAGGAAAACAGCAACCAAAACACAAAACCCAACAAGCAUCCAUUUUCUAAGUGAAUCGCGACCUGUCUCAACGCCAGGGAAGCAAGUUGCGUUCAUUUCCUUCUCUUAAAAAGUAGCAGCAACGUGAGCCCACGUCUUGUCAUUGUGAUGUAGUCUGCCACCACCAGCAAGCCUGCAGAAGAGGAAGUUGGACUGAAGAGGCCUCGCUGGGCUUUUCUUCAGCCUUCAGAGAGACGAACCUCAACACUUUGUUCAAAACUAAGCAAGGGUUUUGCAGUUUUUCCAGCCAUUUUUCCCUCCUCCUGAAGCGAGCAGAGACCCUGGAAGUGUGUCUGGGUUCCGAAAAACUCUCUGAAACAUGGAACUUACCCUCUUUUCUAUAAAACAUGUGCUUUCUAAGGAGAAAUUGUUUCUUACUUUUUGAAACUUCUUAACCAAUCCCCAGCAGUCAUCUGUGAUCCCGGUAGGUGUCGCACUUAGACGUGAUGAGCAAAUUCUUACCUCAGCCACCUGCUCGUGGAGCCCCUGGCGGACCCAGCCCUAGGAGUUCAGAACCCAGUCCCCGAGGCCUGGCCGUCGUCCCUCCCGCUCUCCACACGCAGGAGAGGACAUCUCACGUCACAUCUCCAGCCAACUGCCCCUGUGUGCCGGUGAGCCGAGAUGCGAGGCAUCCAGGGCCCCUUCGUGCUUGCUUGAAACCCUUUCCUCUGGUGGGGUUGCUCUGGAUGGCGAUGUGUCUAGCAUGCGUAACAGUGAGCACCGCAGCAGCAUCUGGGCGUGUGGCCUGUCCACCCGCCACCCUGGCCUGUCCUCUACACCUCCACCACCAUGCCAUCAUCUUACCAGGCUGAAGAAAACCAUCGCCCAGCAAAGCCCCAGGACUCGUCUUCUGUCUGUUCCAACAGCGAGGCAGCCUGGCCGUUGCUUCCACUCAAGCCCCUUCCCGCCCACUGCCCCAGCAGUUUCUGUGGUCCCAUAAAGAAAGCUGUGUUCCAAUGAUUCCUACCUCUUGCCCUGUCCCAGAUGGAGAACGCAGACCCUCUCUGGGGUCCAAGAAAGAGUAGAAAGAAAGAAAAAAUGCAACCAAGAGGGACAGAGGGCAGGGAGCAAAACAACCUCAGCCGCUCCAGCCUGCACAGCCUUUCUCCCCGCUGCCGUCCAUCUCUGGGGACCCUGGUCUCUGGCUCGCCCUUCCUCCAGCCAGGCCUGCUCGAGCAGCGGGAGCCGAGCCGGCUCCCUGAUGCUGCUGGUCUCAGACUUGGCACCUUCCGGGGAGGUGUGCAGCGUUGCUCGCUUCCCAUCCCCCCCCACCCCCAUGUGUUUCUCCAGUUAAGCACCUGUACCCACGAUUGGUUUGGGGUUGUUAGUUCUGUCUCUUUUUUUUUUUAUUAAAUAAAAACAUUUUUAAAACGUU